AUGCGGCUCCCCACGCUCAGCCUUUGUUGGUGCAUUGGGCUCCUCACGGCCGUGCAUGCCUACACCGUGCCGUCUAACCUUGCCUCAUUCUACAGCAAGCUCGCGGCGCAAGAACAGUGCAACCACACGCUCAAAAGCGGCUUCGGGAAUGGCGACACUGAUUAUCCGACAUCUGCCGAUGAGCGUCGAUCGCUAAGGACCAAUCCUCCGCCAGACGACUGGUCGUAUUGCGAAACGGACAACAUGCUGUACAUCCACCACAACGGCGGCGGCCUGGCCUCGAUGGCGAUCGAUGUCGAUGGCAAGCGGCCGAAAGGGGACAAUCCGCAGGACUCCCAGGAUGGCACGGCUUUUGAGGGCAUCUUGAAGAGGUACAACGUCUCUGGAGUGACGGACUUGGACCCCUACAUCCAUCCUUACGUGGUAUUCGGCAACCAGGGGACGAAGAAGGGAUAUACUACCUUCCACCCCCGCAUGUACGACAUUCAGCCCUUGAGCGUGAUGGCCGUGGUGUGCGCGGACAAGUUGAUCUUCGGGAUUUGGGGCGACACCAACGGCGACGACGACUGGCCCUCCAUCGACAGCGUCGGCGAAGCCUCGCAAGCGGUGGGAUCCGCGUGCUUCGGCAACGCCGUCAAUGCCAGCUACGGGCACGCCCGCGACGACGUGCUGUUCCUCGCCUUCAAGGGCGCGGAGGCCGUCCCUGGGCCCCGCGGGGCUCGAUGGGCCGCGACUUCCUACGAAGAGUUUGAGACGAGCAUUGCGGGACUUGGGAAUCGGCUGCUGGCUCAGGCUGGCUGA